AUGUCGCAGGCUCCGCCGGGCGCGGGGCAGCUCAAUGACCUGCCCGACCACUCUCCGUGGGUGCGCGGGGCCGUGUCCGAGCUGCGGCAGCGGGCGGAGGCAGAGCCCGGCCAGCGCUGGCCGCAGCCGCUCUCCGAUGCCUUCCUGGUGCGGUUCCUGCGCGCCCGAGACUUCCACCUGGACCUGGCCUGGACGUUAUUAAAGAAUUAUCAGAAGUGGAGAAUUGAAUGCCCAGAAAUAAGUGCAGAUUUACAACCAUCUUCUGUUCUUGGUCUUUUGCAAGCUGGUUAUCAUGGAGUUCUAAGGUCAAGAGACCCACAUGGAAGCAAAGUUCUAAUAUACAGAAUUGGACAAUGGGAUCCCAGUGUAUUUACAGCAUAUGAUGUGUUUCGUGUAAGUCUCAUCACAUCUGAACUCAUUGUAAAGGAGAUCGAGACUCAGCGAAAUGGAGUCAAGGCCAUCUUUGACCUUCAAGGGUGGAGAUUUGCUCAUGCCUUCCAAAUCAGUCCAGCAGUGGCCAAGAAAAUUGCUGCUGUUCUCACAGAUUCCUUUCCACUGAAAGUUCGAGGUAUCCACUUGAUUAAUGAGCCUUUAUUCUUCCACCCAGUCUUCGCUCUAAUUAAGCCUUUUCUCACUGAAAAAAUAAAGCAACGGGUGCAUAUGCACGGAAGUAACUACUUGCAGAGUCUGACCGAACACUUCCCCGUCAGCAUUCUCCCACAGGAAUAUGGAGGGGAGGAAGUCUCCAUUGAAGAGCUGGCCAAGGAGUGGACUGACUUCAUAAUGGCAUCUUCAGAUUAUCUUAAGAGCAUUUCUCUGGUUGCCUAGGAAUAACCUUAAUUCACUAUUUUAUCAAUUCUUGAAUUAGAAAUAAGUUUAAUGUGAAAACUUCAGUUGUGAAUCAAAUCAGUAUGUGUUUGCAGGGCACUCAUUGAAUGUUAUGUUGGCUGCACUUUCAUACUAACUGGAGUCUAUUCGUUUGUAUGUCUGAAGAGAUUAAUGAAUUUUACAUAUUUCUCACACUGUUUGUAAUUGAUUAACUUGGUGUGCCAGAAAGCUGAAGAGUGCAUUGGAUAUCAGACUGAUACUGCUGCUGUUAGGUCUUUGGUGACAAUUUAUCUGUAAUAAUGCAAUCCAGAACCUUACACUUAGCUCUUGUGUCUUGGCUUGUCAAGACAACAGGAUACAAAACAAAGAACAGACUGUGAAUAGGAUAGUUUGUUGCAGAAGUAAGACUGCAGGGCUGAUUUACAAGUGAAGAGGCUACUUUUUUGGAUUGAUUCUCAGGGAAAAAUGCUGUUUUGUUAGUUUGUGUCAAAUUGAAAAUUAGUCAUCAAUAGUGAGACAUUUGUGUUACUCUUUGUGCUGCCUGUACAGCUUCCCUUUUUGUGCUAAUUAACAGAGUGAUCUUCAAGUUUUACAGAGAAAACACCACCUAUGUAUUCUUCAAAGGAUGAUGUGAAUCAGGAGGAGGAACUGGUAAGAGUCAAAACAACCUUGAAAAUUCUUAUUUUCUUUCUUCCAAUUGAUACGUCAAUGGACAACUACAAGCAACUCAGAUUAUUAUCGUUCAGUCCCUAGAGUAGAGGACCACAGAGGUCAAAAGUUUUCAGCUGUUUGCAUUAUCUGUUUGUUUCAGGGGGUAAAGUAGGUUAUCCUUUGUGGAUCUGAACGUUAGAAAUAUCUGUUAUAUGUUUUAAGGGUGCUUUGAGGUCACUGGACCUCAGCAUAGAAGAUGCUUGGUAUCAUAAUUUUAUUUUCAGUACAGUAAUUGACAAGUU